GGACCGCGCUUUGACCAGAGCCUCAUCGCGCAUCUUGACUUCGGGCAUUACCUCUUCUCCCCAAUGCUUAUGCUACGCCGUGCGCCUACUACGUCUGACGGGAAAGUAGUGGACAGAUUACAAGAAAGUACGCGCGUCAACAAGCCCUUUAAGCCUCCAACGAGUACUGUCAUCAUCGAGCGUGUACAACCUCAGCGAAAACGAAAACGUGUUUCGUAUAAGGAUGCUCAGGCUGACGAGAACGAUGAUGACGAACCAAAGAAGAAGAAGAAGCGAAUGGAGGACAAGGACGGACUAUACACGGAAGAAGAAUUGCUUGCUGCUAUACAGAAAUUUCCAGUGUACAAACCAAAGCCUUUUGGAGAGGUUCGCAGAUUCUCCAUGCCAUCCAUGACAAACAAUGCUGGGGAGGUUGUUCAGAUGAUCCCCACCAAUAUCUCUCUUGGUAUCCGACCUCAAGCCAAAAUCUUUCCUCGCCCUCUACACGACCCUAUGCAGGACCAUGCGAUUGUCCUUUAUGACCCAACCAUCGAUGACCGCGAAACUGAUGAGGAGAAAAAGGAAAGAGAGAAGGAAGAAGAAAAAGAACGCGCUGCGAAGGAGGCCCAGGAGAAGGUUGCAGGGUUGUACAAUCCACAUAGAAGCUUGAGAAAGCUUUUGGGUGAAGGGAAAGAUAAGAAGCAGAAAGAUACCAAAGUGCCUGUCGUCAUCGAUCCCCGUUUAACUGCCGUUCUUCGUCCACAUCAAGUUGAAGGUGUCAAGUUUCUGUACAAAUGCACAACUGGUAUGCUCAUGGAAAAUCAAUAUGGGUGUAUUAUGGCCGAUGAGAUGGGUCUUGGAAAGACGCUACAGUGCAUUGCAUUGUUGUGGACUCUACUCAAACAAUCACCACACCCUGGCAAGUCUUCCGUAGAAAAAUGUAUAAUCGCCUGUCCAUCCAGUCUUGUCAAGAACUGGGCAAAUGAGUUUGCCAAGUGGCUGGGGAAGGAUGCCGUAUCCAUAUUGGCGAUUGAUGGUAAGGGCGGAAAGGCCGAGUUGCUGGAGAAAGUUGGCCGGUGGGUUACCGCGCUCGGUCGAAACAUCACUCAGCCAGUCAUGAUCGUCUCCUAUGAGACAUUGCGAACACUAUCAGUUCACCUUGCUAACUGUUCCAUAGGCCUCUUACUGUGUGAUGAAGGUCAUAGGUUGAAGAACUCUGAUUCUCUUACUUUUCAAGCCUUGAAUGGUCUCAACGUCAAGCGCCGUGUUAUUUUGACAGGCACUCCGAUCCAGAAUGAUCUUUCAGAAUAUUUCUCCCUGCUCAACUUUGCCAACCCCAAUUUCCUCGGCUCCAAGAACGAAUUCCGAAAGAAUUUCGAGAAUGCUAUCAUCCGAGGUCGUGACGCCAAUGCCGCUGAUGCAGUCAAGGCAGCAAGCGAGAAAAAGCUAAAAGAACUUGGCGGUCUCGUCACUAAAUUCAUCAUCAGGAGAACCAACGACCUUCUAUCGAAAUAUCUUCCCGUCAAAUAUGAACAAGUCGUUUUCUGCGGUUUAUCUGACUUUCAGCUGUCUCUCUACCGGCUAUUCAUUUUGUCUCCUGAAAUCAAGGCCCUUCUUCGUGGAGCAGAAUCUCAGCCACUGAAAGCCAUCAAUAUUCUGAAGAAGUUGUGCAAUCAUCCUGAACUCUUAGAUCUUCCAAAUGAUCUGCGUGGUUCUGAGAACUUGAUUCCCGAAGGGUUUGCAUGCGCAGGUACUACAACAGGAAGAGAUAGAAAUAAGAAACAAACUGUGCGAUGUGACUGGAGUGGUAAAUUCCUAGUUCUAGAGAGGUUUCUUCACCAAAUACGAACGCAGACAACCGACAAGAUUGUUCUUAUCAGUAAUUACACACAAACACUGGAUUUAUUUGAAAAGCUAUGCCGGUCUAAGAAGUAUGGCUUCUUCCGACUUGACGGUACUAUGACCAUUACGAAACGCCAGAAACUUGUUGAUCAAUUCAACAAUCCUGAGGGCAAGGAGUUCAUCUUCUUGCUCAGCAGUAAGGCUGGAGGAUGCGGUAUCAACCUCAUUGGCGCCAACCGACUGAUCCUGUUUGAUCCAGAUUGGAAUCCAGCAGCAGAUCAGCAGGCUCUCGCGCGAGUUUGGCGUGACGGUCAGAAAAAAGAAUGUUUUGUAUAUCGUUUCAUCUCAACUGGGACCAUCGAAGAAAAGAUUUUUCAGCGACAAGCCUCAAAGCAAGCACUUUCGUCUGCGGUCGUCGAUGAGAAGGAGGAUGCUGAGCGGCAUUUCUCCCUGGACUCGUUGCGCCAACUUUUCCUAUUCAACGAGAACACUCUUUGUGAGACGCAUGAAACAUUCAAAUGUAAACGAUGCAAGGAUGGCAGGCAAAUCAUCAAGGCGCCUGCCCUUCUCUACGGAGAUGCCAGCACGUGGAAUCAUUUUACGAAUGCGGAACUGAAGAAUAAUCACGACGACCUUCUACGCGCUGAAGUAGGGCUGCCUGAAAUCUCUUUCGUUUUUCAAUAUGUCAGUCACUAACUCGGAUGCGGCGUGCCUUUCCCCCCCUCUAUCAUCAUCAUUCUUUCAAUUCCGUCAUGAAAACUUUUACAAUUCACAAUUUGCAUACUGGCAUUCCCGUCUCCCCAUACACUAGAGGAUAGAUGGUUGUAUCGAUAAACAAAAAUGCAUAAAUAUAACAUAUUCUGGUCAUAAUAGUACACGUUAUGGUUGUCAUAUAAUCACAUCGUCCCAGUCUCCCCACUCUCCACCGACCGGUCUGACUUUCACCUUCUCUCCUACCUCCCCAAAAUACGCGGCCUUGAACCAUGUCUUCAUAUCAUCUUCACCAAAUGGACCGAAAGCCUCUCCAGUCUGUCCAGGGACAUCCCAUCUAUACUCGUAUUUCACGUCUGCAGACGUAGGAACCCAAUCUGCUCCUACCCGCCCAGACGAACGCACGCUACGAACGAGCUCCUCAAACGUCUUCGAAUAUAUAUCCGUGUCGCCGAAGGACAUGAGAGUCGAGGCGAUGUGGGUGAUCUGAUCGAUGUCGCUCGUGGCUUUUGAUUCCUUGUCGACGGCCAUGGCACCUUCACUGUUGCCGUUUUGAGGCUUUGCUUGAGCACGUUUCUUAUUGACAGGCCGGCUUUUCUUCGACUUGGCACCCAAUCUUUGUAGAGCUUCCAGCACCGUUUCGCCUUUCUUGAGCAUCCCAAGUAACUGCCUCUCAAGCUCCCCCUUCCCUCCAUUCUCAUCAAUGUCCUGUUCCUCAGCCUUCAUCUUCUCCUCUUGCUGCCUCUCCUGCUGCCUCUUCCGACGCCUCGCCAUCUUGAUGUCUUUCUCAUCAAAGCCAUCCAUCCAACGAUCGUGCACAUCAUGAGGGUCGAAGGAGCGGACGUACGUCCCGUCCGCAGCAAACUUCCCCUCCUCCAUCUCCUCGCGCAUAUUAAACGAAGACAGCUCGUAGCCCAUCCCCGCCUUCUUCCUCCGUUCAGCGUCGUCUUCAUCCAGCGGCUCGUCAUCCCCCGACCCGCCCGAGCCAGACCCAUCAUCGAACUCCUGUCCCUCAAUAUCGCCCAGCCUCAAAAACUGCUC